AAAAAUCAGUGAGCCUCACAGUGAAGAGAGGCGGAGUUCUGGGCAGACAGACGCUAACAGGCGAGGCAGGAGAGGACUGAAGACACAAAAGGAACGUGUUGGAAACGAAACAUCUACAGCCUUCAGACUCAGACACCAUGGAGCUCUAUCUGGACAUGCACUCCCCGCCAUGCCGCCUCGUCUUCCUGUUUGCCAAGGCGGUCGGAAUUCCCUUUGAGUUUAAGCAUGUUGAACUCUCUACAGGGCAGCAUUACAGCGAGGAGUUUGGAAAAAUCAGCAUGAUAAGGAAAGUUCCUGUUAUGAAGGACGGAAGUUUCAUUCUGACGGAAAGCAUUGCGAUCCUGAAGUAUAUGGUGCAGAAAUAUUCGUCAUCAGUGGCAGAUCACUGGUAUCCAGCCGACCUGCAACAGCGAGCUCGUGUUAAUGAAUACCUGUCCUGGCAACAUAUGAACAUCAGAGCUCACGCGUCAAAGGUCUUCCUGCUCAGGGCUGUGUUUCCUGUCAUCAUGGGUUCUGAGGUACCGAAGGAGAAGAUGGACGCUGCGGUUGAGGAUCUGAAUCAGUCGCUCAACCUGCUAGAGGAGAAAUUCCUGCAGAACAAACAGUUCAUUGUUGGCGAUAAAAUCUCCCUGGCUGAUAUAGUGGCUCUGAUUGAGGUCAUGCAGCCUCUUGGAACUGGUCUGAAUGUGUUUGAAGGACGACCAAAGCUGAGCGCCUGGAGAGAGCGAGUGAAGAAGGAGCUCGGUGAAAAGUUGUUCGACGAAGCUCACGAGGUGAUCAUGAAGGUGGGCAGCCUCCCGGAGAAGAUGCAGAACAACAGCCAGCUGGAGAUGCUCAGACCAAAGUUUCAGAAGCUUUUCCGCUGAAAACUUUUCUGUGUACAAAGAUAAAAGCAGCUAUUAUUGACAUUGUCAAAAAUGUUCUUAAUUGGAUUUUCUUUUGAAGUCAUGUAACCAGCUUCCAGAUAUUAAAGUUUUUGGAAAACUGCA